GCAAAUACAUGUGGGGAUUUUAUUUUAUUAUUUUGACAUUGGCUUCACGAAGCUGCUACAUUGAACUAAUUGUGCUCAAUCCUUCCUGUUCAGGACUGGAACACUUUCCUCUUAAGGUUUAACAACCUGGAUCUGUGUAUAUCUGAGAAUGAAACUUUGAAGCAUCUCCUCAAUGAUACUACCCCUCCUGAGAGUACAGUGACUACCGGCCAGGCGAGGUCAUCCACUCAGACACCACAGGCAUUAGAAGAUUCUGGACCCAUAAAUAUCUCUGUAGCCGUUACACUGACUUUGGAUCCUUUAAAGCCCUUUGGAGGGUUAUCUCGUAACGUAACACACCUGAGUUCCACAAUUUUUGGCCACCAAAUUGGUCUUUCAGGUAUCCAUGAAAUGAUGUUGCCAGCUUCCUUUUUCUUCAUUGGCAAAAGCAAAAAGAGAUGAUUUAGUUUUAGUUGAUGGGAAUGAGAAAAGGGUUCCCCUCAAUGUCUGGCUGGCUGAGCAUGAUGACAUAAGGAGUGUGGAACAGCUGAACUCUAAAGGUUGUUUAUUUUCUUUCCACACUGUAGUGUACGUGUUUCUGUAGUAUAUGGCUGCUGUGCUAUUCGAACAAUUGACCAAGAGCUAUUUCCAUAAAUUCUCAUCUCACCAAGCACACUGAUUUUUUUUAUACCAGAAAAAUGCACACUGCAUUGAUUAAUUACCCAUUCAUUUGCUUAUUUUAAUCCAGCGCCGGGCUCCCUCGGCACUGGUGACCUCUCCUCCUCCAUCGACGUGAGCUCCCGAGUGGAACCGAAUGCGCAUGCGUGACCAGAGGAGCGCGAGCAUUCAAACCCGCCCAUAGGAAAGCAUUACUCAGUGCUUUCUUAUGGGGAUCUUUUUUGACACUGGAGGUCCGCGAGGGCGUCCAGCGUCAAAUAAGUGCGAUUCACUCAGUUUAAAUCGCGGAAGCACCUCUAGUGGCGGUCAGGAAGACAGCCACUAGUGGCUGGAUUAACCCUGCAGUGUAAGAAUAGCAGUUUCUAUGAAACUGCUAUGUUUUCAGCUGCAGGGUUAUAACCAGGGGACCUGGCACCCAGACCACUUAAUUGAGCUGAAGUGGUCUGGGUGCCUAUAGUGGUCCUUUAAGUGAAAAUAAAAGAAUAAGCUGGAGUAGAGAAAGCCAAAUGGCGGAAACAAAAAAAAAAUAAAAAAAAAAAUACUGAAAACUAAAAAUGAAUCUAAAUAAUAUUUAACCUCUAAAUCACCAUGCUUUCUCUUACAUAGAAUUUCAGUAUAAAACAUUUUUUUUUUAUUUUUUUUUUUUUAACUUGUUUAAAAUGUUGUCACUUUGUCAUAGUGUCAGUUUGAUCAGUGUUUUCUUUUCCCUUCUAAGGCAGAGACUCCCAUGAGGAGAUGAAUAUUACUUUCACUCUGCCAGCUGCAUGGAACUCCGAUGACUGUAUACUCCAUGGGCGCUGUGAGCAGGUGGGAUUUACCACAUGUAUGACCGUAACGGCAGCGAGCAGCGUGUUUCCAGUUACACUGUAAGUAGCUCAUAAACUGAAGCCAAAUGUACAUUUUAUAGUUCAGCUGUCAAUAAAUUUAGUAUACCUUUUUUUUUUUUUCCCUCUUCUCCCCUUAGUCAGCCGCCACAUUGCAUUCCUGAAACAUACAGUAAUGCCACUCUGUGGUACAAAAUCUUCACCACCGCUCGUGACUCGAGGACAAAGUAUGCACAAGAUUAUAACCCAUUCUGGUGUUAUAAGGGAGCCAUUGGAAAAGUGUACCAUACUUUAAAUCCCAAACUCACAGUCAUUGUUCCAGAGGUGAGAUUCUUCUAUUACAAAUUAAGCUUUCCCUUUUACCAUUCCUAAUGAACAUACAUUUCUGAAUAUACUUUUCUUUUCUGCUUUCCUGCAAUAGCAGGUUUCAUUCUAUUGUUAAUUUGUAUUGCCCGAGUCAUACCCUUUUCUGUUCUCAAUCUUCAAGCCUUUUCUUAAGUUCCUGCAUCAAUCAUUUUACCCUUGUCAGUGAUUAGAGUUUGUGGACUUCUCUCAAACUGUCAACACCACAGGGAUGUCUGUGUGACAAAAUUCUCAAGAUUGCUUUAUGAAUAUUCCCAUCUGCCACAUUAAACCCUUUUCCUGAUCAAACAUGGAAGCAUUUCAUUGUGGGCAAGCGCAUACCCUCACAGCAGAGAAAUUGGUAUAAUUUUAUCCACACCCUCCCUAUCAGCAGUCUUUUUUUAAUGUAUUUUUUUUUCCCUUUCCUUGACAGCAGUUUGGAAGGAGUCUGCCUAGAUUUUAUUGUUAAACCAGGCCAAUAUUUAUGUAGGCCAAGCCAGGGCUCAUGUUUGUAAGAGUUGUCGCCCCUUUUAGUGACCCAGGGGGUCUAACAUAAUUCUUUCCCUGAGGAGAUGACAGUGGUCCACUGGAAAUAUGACGCUAAGCCAAACUCCCUGAAGACCCAGUAAACCACAUGUCCAUAAGGUACCUUGCUGUGCCUCUUUUUUGUAUAUACAUUUUCCAUUAGUGGUGACGACGAAUGGCAUAUGGGGUUUAUAAGGAAGCCCCUAGUUUAAUCAGUUUAGUUUGUGAGUUGUUCAAAUCCCUGUUUGCUUUUGAUAUACAGUACUUCAUCUGUCUCCAUGGCUGUUUAGUUUGUUAUUCCUUUCUCAAGUUAUUGCAUUAGUAGUUUAGCUUACUUACUAGUAUAAGUACCUGUUCGAAGGAAGCAACUAACAGAAGCUGAAAAAAAACUAACCAAUAGGUCACAUUUAAGAGGUUUUUGGUGAGCAUUUAGGCAAGGUUAUAAGAGUGCUCUAAUGGAUAUACUGGCUGUGUCUGAAUACCACAGUGCUAGAGGUUGAGAAGAGGGCAAUACCCACAAUAAGAGCUUUCCUGGGUCACUAAUUUAAGUAAUUCAAGAAGCCUGCUUAUGUGCAUUUUUUUGCACAUAAGCAGUCUUCUUUCAGAGAAAGGAAAAGAAUACAUUUUCAGGAUCGUCUUACUUAUGUAAAUCUGCGUAUGAGACCAAGAUCGCCUCUUUGUAUAAUCUGGUGUGAAGACAGUCUCCGUAUAUGUGAUAUGUGAUAUUCUCUCUGUGUAUCAGAUGGUGUGAAGCUCAGCUGUAGUAUAUAUAUCCAUUAUAAGAUUUGUAUGAGCUUGAGAGAAGAUAUGAACUUGGUAUAUUGCACGGUUGUCAAACCUUUUGCUUUCCUGGGCCGCAUUGAGCGCAGAGGAAUUGUCUUUGGCAUAUAACCUUUUCCUAAAUUUGUUAGCCUUGUGUGGGGUUGAUAUAUUUAAGCAUUCCAACUUAGGGAGCUAUCUCCUAAACACAUACACAUGUGUAUACAUAUGCACUCACACACACAAUCACAGACCCACAUGGGGACACCCACACGGACGGACGGACGGACGGACACACAUACAUAAAUGCAAGCAACAUACAUGCAAUCACUGACUUACAUACAGACCCCUCCAUCUCUCCUCACUCUAUACAUCUAUAAACACACACACUCACUGACAAAACAUACACAAAAAUUACAUUCAUACACAUUUAGUACUUAAGAGGUCCACCCAGCCUCCCUACCUUGCUCUGGGAGGGCUGGAAUGGAUCCACUGUCCCUGGUGGCUAGCAGUUGGUGCCGGUCUGGGAUCUCUGUGGUCUUCCUGCACAGGUCCCUCGUGCGCCCGGCAGUGAUGCAGCGUGACUGCCGGGAUGACGUCAUAUACCGGAGGCCGGCUCUCUUCAGGGCACACGAGGAGCUGUCCAGGAGGAGCAGAGAAUGUAAAGGGCUCCCUGCCUCGACGCCAAGCAGGGUGGACGGCAACUGGGCCACACUGCUAGCGUUCCUGAACCACAUGCGGGCCGCGGGUUAGACACCCCUGGUAUAUAUGAAUGAUGGAUGCUCUAUGUAUAAGUAGGUGUAAAGACACACCAGUACAUGAGUCCAAUAUAAUCUCUGGUGUGAAGACAAAAACUUAAUUGUGUAUAUAUCCAAUACAAGUUCUGUGUAUGAGAUGCUGUUAAGUCACAGCAUUCGUUUAUCUGACGGAUAUUUUAAUGUUUGAGCUAAUGUGGCGCCGCACUUUAUAACUGAUAUUGUAUCUGUAUAAUCUCUUAACACACAGACUUGAUAUGUAUGAAUGAUAGUCUCGCUCUCUCUAUAUAUCUAUAUCUAUCCCAAUAUCUGAAGUGCAUGUUAAAGGGUACUUGUCAUGACAAACACACCUUAAGAUGUCCUAAAGGCAUCUAAAUGAAGGGGACUGGAUGCCAUGUCCCUGUCUGUUUUAAACCAGUAGUGUCAAAAAUUGCCACUCUGCAGCAUUUCUGGACAACAUUUUAAUCAGAUGGUCUCAUAGACACUUUCCCUUUCCUCUCAGUCAGUUCAGUCUAUGCUGAUCAGCACAGAUAACAGACAUGCAGAGCAUGGUCUUAUAUCAGAUAAACCUUCCUCUGGGUGUCUCACCUGCUUGAAUUUAGCACAAGGCAAAUUAAUGCCUUCAAGGGAGGAGGGACAGGCUCGGUGAGAGAGCAGCACUGACAGAGGAGAGAAAAAGCCAGAAUGAUGUAUUGCAGCAGCUUUGGACAGGCAAUUUGAGAAGAUAACAUAAGUGUUAUUUAUUUUACACCAAUUCAUACAUACAGUAUAUAUCACACAGCCAACAUAACGUUUUGGGGACUUUUAACCUGUUAUUGGAAGCAAGUCUGUGUUUCCCAAACAGGGAUUUUCAGUAGAGGGAUGACUUGCAGCAAGUGUAACACAGACGGAAAACAUGAUUAAUUGGUCUCGGCCGGAGACAUGGUAAUAAAUUUAAAGUGUGAACUGUAAAUAGUGUUAAAGGGACACUCCACUGCCUAAAUACAAAUAAAAUAAAUAUCACAGUAGAUAUACCCAAAUGUAAAUGGGCAUGCAUUUUAUUAUGCAUGUUUUUCAUUGGGGUUAUGCCUAAAAACGACUUGCUUUUGCAAGCCGUUUUUAGACAUAACCCCAAUGAAAAACAUGUUCUUUUGUAACCAGGUUAAUUUAUAAAAGUUUCAAUUUCUAUUGAUAUCUGCAUUUUUUGCAAAAGGAAAAUAGGAUACACUUCACACACAAAGCUUUUCAGCAAGCUAAAGUUCUUUAGGGGUCUGGAGUGUGCCUGUUAUGGCAAAAAACUAUUGUAUAAAAUGAGUCAAGUCAAGUGGCUAGAAAACCUUUACCUGUCAUUAUCAAGAUUAUAUAAUUCCCAUAUAUUGAAGUUUCUUAAAGUAAACCUGUGUAUUUGUUUUGUGUUUGAGUUGUGAAGCUAAUUACAAAGACAAUCUAAUUACACCAAUUUCCACACUAUAUUUCUUGUCCUUUUUGCUGUGAGGGGACGAUUAACCCAUAAGUAAAUGCUGCAAAGUAUAAUUAUCAGGAAAAGAAAACUCCUGUGUGAAACGAUUUUCCUUAAUAUGUUCUAACAUUCUUUCCAUUAUUGUAAAAUCCCCCUUUUACUCACUUCCUUUUCACAGCUCUUUUUUUUUACUUAUUUAUUUAUUUAAAGGGCACUGUAAGCACCAAAACCACUACAGCUUAAUAUCGUGGUUUUGUAAACUGUGCCUUUACGUGUUGGUAUCUCUAAUGGUGGAGUGCUCCUUUUACCACUGCAUCUGCAUUUCUUAGAAGAUUGGAUAUUCCCUUUAGUCAUCUCGUCCAGCUUUAGAAAAGCAGGAACAGAGAGUUCUGUGUAUAUGGCUGCACUUGCAGUGUCUCAGAUUCACAGAAUUAGUUCCAGACAAACUAAUGGAAAGCUAAAUUCACCUUUCCUGGUUAAAGAUUUUAUUUGUGUUAGGCUUCUCAUUCCCAUGUUUACUCCUUGCUUUUCUGUUUGCUGUCCAUCUGUCUUCCAUACAUACAUGCAUGUAUGUUUAUAUCCAUUUUUGUCCAAAUUGUCAUUUCCUCUGAUAUAUUGAAAUGGUUUAUUUUAUGUUUCAUUUGCAAUUAUUCAUUUUUCUCGGUAAAUGCUAGUGAAUUCUCUAAAUCUCCGUGGUCACAACCAGCAUAUUUAUCUUUGACUAGAGAAGCUUUUCAGUGUAGGCAUGCCCAGUGAAUUCCUAGAAGUGAUAGCAUUACAUGCUAAGAUUUUUAGAUGCUGUUUUUUUGGUUUUUUUUCUUCCUUAACAGGAUGACCGCUCCCUUAUAAAUCUGCAUCUGAUGGAUACAAGUUACUUCCUGUUUGUGAUGGUUAUCACCAUGUUCUGCUAUGCUGUGAUCAGAGGAAGACCAAGCAAAAUAAGACAAAGCAACUCUGAGUUUUCUCCAGAAAAGGUUGGAAACUACCACUAUAGGACUUAAUUGUAUUUUAAAGGGAAAUCUGUGACCUGCAUUAUUUCCUCAGCUGUAGUUAUUGUCUUGGUAGAAGUGAUCAUGUCACUUAAACAGAGCCGAAGACCAGUUAGGAAAAUGGUUCAGAGUUGAUUUGUGACUUCUGGGAACUAAAUGGUUCAUAUAAUCUAUAUUCAGGAUAUCCAACUAUAGGACCUGCAGAUAAAAAACAAAAAAACUGGCUGUGUAUCACUGAGCAAAGUAUUAGCCUGGAAAUGUUGGGUUUCUGUAGCUGUACUUUAACACAGUCCGCUGCCACCUCCUCCUCCCACUUUCCCCCCUCAAAAAAUGUCACUGUGUAAGGGGAUUACAUUAAAAAAAAAAUACAUGUGUGCAUUUGUUCACAAGUGCUUAUGUAUACAAACAUAGUAACCAAGGUUAGAAAAAAGACUUGAGUUCAAGCUUCCACAUUUUUGUUUCUGCAGUUUUUCCAAGAGAGGGUAAACAAUCAAAUUUGAACAGAUUGCCAAACAUGUUACAAACUGGAACAGUAGUAAAUAUGUUACUGCCUGGAGAAAAAUUUACAUCACAGCCAUUCAUGGUUGAUCUAUAAUAUUACUUUACUAUAAAAUUCACAAAUACAUUACUUUAAUAUCAGACAACUAUAUUUUAUUCCGUAAUAACACAAAAACUCAUUUCUUUAUGGUUCUUUGUUAUAAGGUGUCAUAGACACUGUUAAAAGAUUUAAAGUGAUCGAAAAACAUUUUACCCAGUACACAACAGUAAUGUAUGCUUUAUACCACCUAUUUGAUGUCCUUUUCUCUACCUUUGUAUAGGUAACGAUUUUCUUUAAUGCUGCGGGUUUAUUUUUGUUAAAAACUGUCCUGCAAUAUGCGGUUAAUUGUAGAGUGGACCUUUCAUGGGUUAUUGCAGUGACUCGUAAGCUUUGUAAUACUGGUCACUUGUCGAUUUCAUUCAUUUUAAACCAUUUUAUACUUUUAAUUAAGGAAAGUUACAUUUUUGCAGAGAUGGUAGUGAAUACUAGCUUUUCACCUGCAAAUUUCACUUCUGUCUCACUGCUUACAGAAAUGACAGGGUAUUAUUUAAGAUUCUGCACAGUGCAAACAUAUACUGCCUUGCAUUUAUGUUUGACAGGCAUGCAGCAAUAACAUCACUUGCAUUGGCUCUUGUGCUUGGAUGUAAUGGCAUCAACACGCACAUACGUGCCCUCAGUCAGUACAAAGGGAUAUAAAAAGGCUUUGCAUUAUUACACAUGCGCAAUGGAUGCCAGGUCAUCACAAUAACAUUUGAAACAGGAGAAUGAAUAGAGAUGGGCUAAUUUCCAUUUAAUUUGCCUCUGCAAAGUUUUAACUGGAACAUUGAUAAAUGUUUUGAAUGCUUAAACAAAUAAAUAUUGCAGAAAUGUAUGUAUUUAAGCCCCUAGUGACCAGGCCAUUUUUAAAUUUUCUUACCGUUAAGGACCAGGGCUGUUUUUACAUUUCUGCGGUGUUUUGUUUCUCUUAGUCACUUACUGUACCCACACAUAUUAUUAUAUACCAUUUUCACACCAUUAAAUGGUCUUUCUAAAGAUACCGUUAUUUUCAUCAUACCAUAUAAUUUACUAUUAAAAAAAAAAUUAUAAAAUCUGAAACACACUUUCUAACUUUGACCCCCAAAAUCUUUUACGCAUCUACAACCGGCAAAAAAAACACCCAUGCUAAAUAGUUUUUAAAUUUUGUCCUACGUUUAGAAAUACCCAAUGUUAACAUGUUCUUAGCUAUUUUUAUUUUUUUGCAAGUUAUAGGGAAAUAAGUACAAGUAGUAGUUGCUAGUUCCAAAACUUUUUCCCCCCCAAAAUUAACAAAAGUUACAUUGUAACACCGAUAUCUGUCAGGAAUCCCUGAAUAACCCCUUUUUAAAAAAAAAAAAAAAAGACAACCUAAGGUAUUAAGCUUGGGGUAUUUUUACUCUUUUUAUGCAAUCAUUUUACCACCAAUCUAUGCCAAAUUUAAAAAAAAUAAAAAUAAUUGGUGGUUUGUUUUUUAUUUUAUUUUUUGUAAAUCUUGUUUAUUGAGUCAUAAAUGUCAGCAAAAGUUAGGCUCGCUAGCCAGCAAAGGGUACAAAGUUAACAAUAUUAGUCAUAAAGGGAAAUCAUCAAGCGUAAAUGCAAUAUAAUAAUGGCGUAACAAUUCACACUAAGACCGUAAACUCUAAUAACUGAUCAGUGUAUAAGUUCUGUGUUCCCUUUCCGUCUUUGGAAAGAUGUAGGUGAGCUUUGCCCUAGAGUGAUGUAUCAGUGUAUGUGAGUAUGUGUGCGUGUGUACUCGCAGGAUACAGCAACUCUUGGUGUUUACACAGCGAAAGGAUGGGGCCUAUCAGCCUCAGAUAUGAUCUAGGGUGUCUAAUAAUAAAUUGUCACAAUAUAAGGUAUAGAGUAGGCUACCCAGUAGCGUAUCAGAGUGGAAAUGACCCACAAGUCCUGUUAAUAACUCCAUAUUGGCUCAAGCGAGUGGAGAUAGGGUGGUGAAGUACGAAAUCCUUCCCGUCAUGGUGACAUGUACGUAACCUUUUCUGUUCCCUGGGGUGUGUGUUUGAGGAGCUUCUGCCUGUUUUAGGGUGCUUAGGUGCCCCUUUCUCCAUAAAUCAUUAUCUGAGCGCUUAUCACUCCGAGGUCAGGAUUCCUCUGCUCACUGCUUACUUGUGCAUAUACAUGCUAUAUGUAGCCCAUUUCUUGUACAAGGCGCCUACCUCUUCUCCGCGACAGGUACUUAUAGCAGAGCUCGAGUAUUGUACACGAUUCACUACCCCCACCCUCACCCUGUGUUUAGCUAGUGCGUGUUGUCGUCAAUGUUCUGCCGAGGGUAAGUGUCCCUGUUAUGUCUACUUGUGGUGAGCGCAUGUCAAUCUUAUUGUCGUGGGGUCAGUGUGGUGAAUUAGGUCCCAGCUAGCCUGUCAAGCAGCCAGGUCAAGAAGGCUCCCUGACGAUUGCACGGAUGGUCAGGAUCUACCGUCUUUUGUCAAGUCCUAGUCUUUGUGUCCCCGUCCGUUGACGUCGUCACUCAGUAGUCUAGUUAUGUGUUGUCUAUCUGUCCUGUAUUUGGUCCAUCCGGCCCCGCUCCCGGGCACACCGGCCCCGAUGAUCUAUAAGAUGGAGGGGAAAGAGAAGGGAUUAAGGGGAGAGGAGCAUUGGUACCCGAACCGCGGUUCCCUAAGCAUUCAUCUCUUGCCGGUACCUGGCAAUAUAUAAAAACCAGGGCGGGUUUGUUUUUUAUUGACACACAUAGCAAUUUAAGAAUACAUGUACUGAGAACUUUAAGGGUUACUUCCAAAGAACACCUCCCGAUAUGUGUUCAGCAACAUUUCCUGAGUACAGUGAAACCCCCGAGGAAUAGGUGUGUCUGGUUCGCUGGGGGCUAAAAGACCUUAUUUGGAGGGUGCACAUUCCAGUUUUCCAACGUGGAAUUUUCUCAGCUGGUCAUUACGCACCCAUGUCCUAUUUGGGACAUUUUUGAAGCCGGCCAAUGUAAUUUACCCCCAUCAAACCAUAUAUUUUUGAAAAGUAGAUACCCUAGGGUAUUUCAAAUGGUGGUAUUUUAACACUUUCCAUGUACUAAUUCUACCACCAGUCUUUGUCAAAUUUUGGGGUAGUCAUUUUUUUUGUUAUUUUUCCUCUCACAUUGUACUUUAGGCAUGGAUUCUCAGUUCCUGUUAUGUGUUACUGACAAAUACCCCAAUAUGUAUUCAUCAACAUCUCCUGUGUACAACAGUACCCCCAAUGUACAGGUUUUAUGGGUUUUUGCAAACUUACAGGGGUCAAAUGUAGGCCUUUCCCAUGUUUGCAAAUUGAAAUUUGCCUGAUUGCUUUGCUGGGCUUAUGUUGCCUUUGAGACCGUAUGGCAGCCCAGGAAUGAAAAUUAACCCCAUUAUAUCAUUUGUAAAAGGAGAAAACCUACGGUAUUAAAAAUGGGGUAUGUCCAGUCUUUUUUAGUAUCCACCUAGUCGCAAACCCUGGCCAAAAUGAGUAUUUAUAUUGUUUUUGGUGUUUUUUUUGCAUUUUUCACACACAAAUUGCCAUUUCACUGAUGAUAUCAGCAGUAGAAUACAUUUUACUGCUCUAAAACACUCAUAUUUGUGUAGAGUAAUGUCUCAUGAGCAAAACAGUACCUCUUAAGUACAGGUUUUAUGGUAAUUUGGAAAUUACAGGGUCAAACAUAAGAUUUGCAAAUUUCUGUUUUUGUAAAUUGCUAUUUGCCAGAUUGGCUAUGUUGCUUUGAGAUGAUAUGGCAGCCCAGAAAUUAAAAUCAAUAUGUCAAUAUGUCAUGGAAGGAUUUUCCAUGACAUACCAUUUGAAAAAGUAGACAACUCAGGGUAUUCAAAAUGGGAUAUGUCCAGUCUUUUGUAGUAGCCACUUUGCCACAAACGCUUGCCAAUGUUAGCGUUCAUAUUUGUUUUUUGCAUUUUUUACACCAAUAACUGCACUUUUACUGGUGAUAUCGUUGUGAAAAGUUUUAUUUUUUAAAACACUCAUUUUUGUGUUCAGCGAAGUCUCCCAAGUAUAACAAUACUCCCAUGUACAGGUUUUAUGGUGUUUUUGAAAGUUACAGGGUCAGUAUAGGGCAUGCCCAAUUCAGUUUGCCAGAUUGGUUUGCUGGGUCUGUGUUGCCUUUUGAGACCAUAUGGUAGCCCAGGAAUGUGAAAUAACCUAAUCAUGGCAUACCAUUUUCAAAUGUAGAUGUCCAGUCUUUUGCCACUUAGUCACGAUCGCUGACAAAAGUUAGCAUUUUUUUUUUCCAUUUAAAAAAACAAAACACUGCACUUUUACUGGUGAUAUCUUCAUGAUAAGUUUUACUUUUUAAAACACUCAUAUUUGUGUUCAGCAAAGUCUCCAGAGUAUAACAAUACCCCCCAUGUAAAGGCUUUAUGAUGUUUAGGAAAGUUACAGAGUUAAAUAUGGGGCUUGCCAAUUCAAUUCUCUGCACUGUCUGCCUGAGUUGUCAGGCAGGUCCUUCAAAUUAUAACUAAUAAAAUCAAAUAAGUAUGUGUGUGUGUGUGUGUGUAUGUAUGUAUGUAUGUAUGUAUGUACACAUACAGUCAGGUCCAUAAAUAUUGGGACAUCGACACAGUUCUAAUCUUUUUGGCUCUAUACACCACCACAAUGGAUUUGAAAUGAACAAGAUGUGAUUUAACUGCAGACUUUGAGCUUUAAUUUGAGUGUAUUUACAUCCAAAUUAGAUGAACGGUGUAGGAAUUACAACAGUUUGUAUAUGUGCCUCCCACUUUUCAAGGGACCAAAAGUAAUGGGACAAUUGGCUGCUUAGCUGUUCCAUGGCCAGGUGUGUUAUUCCCUCAUUAUCCCAUUUACAAGGAGCAGAUAAAAGGUCCAGAGUUCAUUUCAAGUGUGCUAUUUGCAUUUGGAAUCUGUUGCUGUCAACUCUCAAUAUGAGAUCCAAAGAGCUGUCACUAUCAGUGAAGCAAGCCAUCAUUAGGCUGAAAAAACAAAACAAAGAGAUCUCAGAGAGAUAGAAAAAACAUUAGGUGUGGCCAAAUCAACUGUUUGGAACAUCUUAAAAAGAAAGAACGCACCGGUGAGCUUAGCAACACCAAAAGACCCGGAAGACCACAGAAAACAACUGUGGUGGAUGACCGAAGAAUUCUUUCCCUGGUGAAGAAAACACCCUUCACAACAGUUGACCAGAUCAAGAACACUCUCCUAGAGGUAGGUGUAUGUGUGUCAAAGUCAACAAUCAAGAGAAGACUUCACCAGAGUGAAUACAGAGGGUUCACCACAAGAUUUAAACCAUUGGUGAGCCUCAAAAACAGGAAGGCCAGAUUAGAGUUUGCGAAACAUCAUCUAAAAAAGCCUUCACAGUUCUGGAACAACAUCCUAUGGACAGAUGAGACCAAGAUCAACUUUUACCAGAGUGAUGGGAAGAGAAGAGUAUGGAGAAGGAAAGGAACUGCUCAUGAUCCAAAGCAUGCCACCUCAGUAGAGGCAUGGUGGUGGUAAUGUCAUGGCAUGGGCAUGUAUGGCUGCCAAUGGAACUGGUUUUCUUGUAUUUAUUGAUGAUGUGACUGCUGACAAAAGCAGCAGGAUGAAUUCUGAAGUGUUUCAGGCAAUAUUAUCUGCUCAUAUUCAGCCAAAUGCUUCAGAACUCAUUGGACGGCGCUUCACAGUGCAGAUGGACAAUGACCCGAAGCAUACUGCAAAAGCAACCAAUGAGUUUUUUAAGGGAAAUAAGUGGAAUGUUAUGCAAUGGCCAAGUCAAUCACCUGACCUGAAUCCGAUUGAGCAUGCAUUUCACUUGAUGAAGACAAAACUGAAGGGAAAAUGCCCCAAGAACAAGCAGGAACUGAAGACAAUUGCAGUAGAGGCCUGGCAGAGCAUCACCAGGGAUGAAACCCAGCGUCUGGUGAUGUCUAUGCGUUCCAGACUUCAGGCUGUAAUUGACUGCAAAGGAUUUGCAACCAUGUAUUAAAAAGUGAAAGUUUGAUUUAUGACUGUUAAUCUGUCCCAUUACUUUUGGUCCCUUAAAAAUUGGGAGGCACAUAUACAAACUGUUGUAUUCCUACACCGUUCACCUGAUUUGGAUGUAAAUAUCCUCAAAUUAAAGUUGAAAGUCUGCAGUUAAAGCACAUCUUGUUUGUUUCAUUUCAAACCCAUUGUGUUGGUGUAUAAAGCCAAAAAGAUCAGAAUUGUGUCGAUGUCCCAAUAUUUAUGGACCUGACUGUGUAUAUAUAUUGUGUGUGUGUGUGUGUGUGUGUGUGUAUGUAUCUUAGCUUGACGUUUGCUUGAAGUACCUCAUAAACUUGCAUUUGUUUGAGACUUUCAUGAAGUAAUUCAGGAUUUGUAAAAUACUUAAAGGAACAUGCCAAUGGAGUACUUAUACCACCAAUGAAAACAUCUAUACUUAUUUAACUGCACAAUCCAGAACACAUGAAUGUUCAUUUACCUCACAGGUGGAAUUCUAAGGUUUUUUUUAUUUUUUGUCUUUACAGGUUGCACUGUCUGAUGCAUAACCUUCUCAACUCUAUCUUGAAUAGAUGCAAUUGGAGUCAUAGCCUGUUGACCCCACCAAGAGAAUGUGUCUUGUGUUCUUCUGAAGAGGAGAGAAGAACACACAACCUUGCAACGUUGGUUCGAUCCAACCAAAGACAUUUCAAGUGCCUGUAAUUGUUUUGUACAUAUUUAUAAAUAGGUACAUUUAAAGAGGCUCGGUGCAUACUUCCUGCAUUGCAGGAUCUUGUAUUUUAAUCCAUUGUACCUGUGGACUAGCUGUCUUUUUCUUGUAUAGAUAUGUCUAGUGGCUAUGUCUAGUUGGCAAUGAGGGUUGUCCAUUCAUGCGUGUGUAAUGAAGAUUGAAGCAAUGUCUUUCACUUAAUGUUUUGCGCAAAACUGCACUUUCUUGUACCUUGCUAAAAUAAACCUAGCAUCUGUUUGAAUGAAGGGUAAACUGCUAUAACUGAGGAGUCCUCUAUUCUUGCAAUGUGAAGCAUUUUUAUUUUAAUUUUUUUCCCUUUAAUCAAAAUUUUGCUUUGGGGUCAGCACGAUAAGAGUCAAGUAAUACACAUAUCUUCCAAAGCAUGUCAUUUUGACAGAAUUUCCAUGCUAGUAGAUCCACAUACUAAUGUGUUACACCUCUCAACAUAUGGGUAUAUUGGUUUAACCUUUUGUUUGCGAUGAAUGAGCAUGGCAUUGCACUCAAAAUGUUAGAUUAGAAUAUGUGGUGAGCUCCACAGUCUCCUAUAUUGUUUCCACAGUCACAACCUGCCACCUCUUUAGCUACUGAGAUGGACAGGGGUACGUUUGGACUGUAGAAGUCCAAAAUGACAUCUUCAAGACCUGCACUCUUUACAUCUAUUUUGGGUACAAUGGUAACACCAAUCCUUUUUAAGAAAAAAAAAAAAAACCUAUAAGACUGUACAAAAGAAAAAGCUACUUAUUGGAUCUCUUGUGUUUAUUACAUAUAUUUUUGUAUUUGUCAAUAAUCUGCCUAAGUUAAUUUUUUGGAAGGCGAUUACAGUGAGGUCUUAGGUUUAAGUGUUAGAACAUACAAUGCCAUUAAACCGGCAUUAACUCAUUUUAUAUAAAUGAGACAUGAGGUUUUAAAAAAAACAACACAAUUGUUUUGUUUGAAUAUUUUUUUUUGACUUUGAGUGGUUGGGGGAAUUCUUCUGUUCUUUGAUUGUGAUCUUUAUUUCUAGAUUGGAGAUUUGCCAUAAUUCAGCUGUUGCCCAUUUCACAAUUCAAAUCAAUACAUGUAAUUUAGUUUAAAUAAAUAACAGAUCUAUUUCUUGACAAAAAACAGCUGCUUCUAUAUCCUCCAUAUUUAGAAUUAUAUUUUUAAAUGUGGAUUGCUAGAAACAAUGUCAUUCUGGUUUAUAUGGAAUGCUUUUUGGCUUUCUAAAUAAAGCUCUCCCUGGUACUGUGGCAUUGGACUGUUGUGAAAAAGCAAUGUAUAUAGAUUUAGUGUAUAUAAACAAAUGGAUUUUCAUAUCCUGCAUAAACAUCUUUCAGCAAUUGUGCACUGAUAUGAGACACAACGCCGCAAACUCUCUAAAAAUGAUCAUAAAUAUGAGUUUGAAAACGUAAAUGUAGAUUUUAGUGCUUUUUACUAGCAUUGUACAAUUACAAUAACUAACAAAUAUCAGACAGUAAAAUCAGGGAGUGGAGAGUACUGUAUGUAGAGGUAAAAAUUCCCCCUCCCCCUUUCUACUCUUACAACCUCUGUUUUCAAUACUUCUGUAAGGUUUAGUAAAAUCCUCCUCCAGGAACAUGAUCCAAACCAAAACUGUAGUUUUCCAUAGGCCUCUUACUUAAAGUAGACCAAGACCUUCGAGUGGACAACACAGAAAAAAUGGCCAGAAAACAAAGUUGCUGUUUGUAGGAAGGAAGCAAACUGGUCAAUAACUAUGAGGCAGCUACAUUAGCCUCAUACAUUUAAAAUGUGUCGAACACUGUAAAAUGUAAUUAACCAAAAAAAAGAAAAUUGGGUUAAGUACAACUUAUAUCUUUUG